AUGUCACAACCACAAUCCUGCGGCCGCAAAAGCGUCCUCGCCACCCUCCUCCUCCUCUUCUUCACCCUCCUCUUCCCCCUCACCACCACCGCCACCCCGCUCACCCCAGAAGCCGCAAACACGACCCUCGACAUCUCCUCCCUCUACCUCGACGCGGACGCGGACUGCGUCGGCUACGAGGGCCAGUGGAACUGCCUCUCCGACACGUUCCAGCACUGCACCUCGGGCAAGUGGACCGCGGCGCUCUCGUGCAGCUCGGAGAGCGGCGCCCUCGAUUCCUCCUCCAACAGUGUCCAGAACUCGCUCUGCACGCCGCUGGGGAGGACGGAUCAGGUCGAGUUCGGGGGCGAGUGCAGCGCCGCGUGGGGGUUCGGGGGAGGGGGGAGCGGAUGGGGCGGCGGCGGGAAUGGCGGGCGAGGGACGGUUUGUAAUGGGAACGGGUGUUAUUACGGUGCCGGGGCGAAUUUGACGGUGGAGAAGUGGGUUUAUGUGCUUGUUGUUGGUGUUGUUGCGUUGGGAUUCAUGUGA